AUGCGAGGCCGAGAGUCCAACCUGUCGCUCUUCGGCGUGGAGGACCCCUACAACUGGACCGACGGCGGCGAACGCGACGUCGUGUGGAGGAAUACCAAUGAACACUUCCUUCUCGGUGCCGAUGACGUCGGCACGAUAGGAGGCACGCCAGCAAGCACGCAGCGGAGUCUGACGAGAGCCAACUCGACGACGACGAGCGCCGUAAAGCGAACUACCAACCACGCCACCUCGCUCGCCUCCGAGGCCUUCUACUCAUCAUCGAAGUUUGUAGAGAACGAGAGGAAGGAGAGCGGGGCUUCUUCGAAGAGCUCCUCCUCGAACUCGGUCGCCUCGGGGUCGGCCACCAAGCACCAUCACCUCACCCCCGCUUCAUCGACGGCCCUCCUCUCCCACUCGCUCAACAUGCAGCCAGGGCGUCUGACCGUUCUCCGACGGCUCAUGGGACCCCAGCCCGAAAAGGCCAGCCUCUCGCGAAUCAAGAGCUCCCUCCUCGACCGGCUGAGCAACAGCGGCCAGGCGCAGGCCGCCGAAGACGAGCGGAAGGCCCAGCAGCAGCUGCUGCUCGCGCUGGAGAAGGCCGAAAAGGUGGUCGACGAGCAGAACUCGACCAAGGGCGGCGGCACCCUGAUUACGCAGCCGGAGGGGGUCAGCGCUGCCGGCCGCAGGGGCAAGGACAUGUCGUGCGAAGCGGCGGUGGCGAGGGGCGAGUUGGCGCUCGAGCGGCAGAACGACGACUCGCGGCUGCUCGGCGGAAUGGAGGACAUCUUGGAGAUGCUGAACGACGACGAGUUCAAGACGCUCAUGCAGCAGGCCGAGGAGAUGUGUGCGUCGACGCGAUCGAGCGGCGACACCUCGUUCUCGUCGAUAUCCACGGCCUCGCCCUCCUGCACGGAGGCGCCGCGCUUCUCGCCAUCGCUACCGUCCUCCCUCGCCUUCUCCGCCAUCCCGACGGCGUCUCUAGUGCCGUCGCUCGACACGAGUCUCUCGCGGGAGCCGCCGCGGGACAAGCCCGCGAACGAAUCAGCGCCAGGGCUCCUCCUCCCUAAUGUGGUAGACGCGCCCGCACCGGACAGCGAAACGAAAGAGCGCCCGCGAGAGGUGGAACGAGAGGAAGUGAAGGAAACGAAGAAAGAAAAAGAAAAGAAAAAGAUGGAUGAGGAGGAGGAACGAUGCAUCGCGGCCGAAGAGGAACAACACCGGGCCGUCGACGACGCAGGCGUGCACGGCACGCAACAGAAGCCGAUCCUGAUCGACGAAGAUGAGGAGAAGGAGGAUGCCAGGAGGAGCAAGUGGAAGGGCAGGAAUAGGGAUCGCGAGGUGGCGGAGACCUACUCGCAGGUCGCCCGCAACAGCAUGUCUUUGGACCGAUUCGCCAGCAGCCAGCCGGGUCGGCUGUCGCUGCGGAAGCGCGGGUCCGGCGGCAGCAGGGAGAACCUCCUACAGACGACUCUUUGCCUCGAGAGAAAGAAGGAAGCAAGAGGAGGAGAGGGAGAAGAGGAGGAGCGGAAAGAAGCGAACGAGAGCCGAGAAUCGCUGAGGAGGAAAAAUAGAAAGAGCGGCGAGGAGCCACAGAGGCGCCAGGUCGUCGACGAGAUGGAAGUUGAGGCGCGGGCCGAGGCAUGCGGAGAGAAGCAGGCGCCGGUGGAGGAAGAGGUAAAAGCGAUCAAGGUGGAGACGCUCACGAAGAUCACGCUAAUGGAGGACAUCCAAAUCGUGGAGCAGAGCAAGAAGAUCAUCAUGGAGGGGCUGCGCGAACUGGAGAAGGAGGCCUUUCUGGACGACAUGGACCGGAACUGGUGGCCAUCACAGGAACAGCCCACGAUGGCGACGCAGCCCUACGAACGAAGAAGCGAAGCCAAAGGGAAAGAGAAGGACGUCGAAGAGAAAGAACAAGAAUGCGAGGAGGAGAGCGAGAUGGACAUUGUGCUCGACGAUUGCCUGCCUCCCGGGUUUGAGGUACAAAAGCACAUGGCAGCACCUAUCCGCUCCAUACAGAUCUGUAUGUUAAGUUCUCACAAUUGGUUCUGUUGGUUCGCUACAGGAUGCCCGCAACGCUGA